AUGACCAGCCGCCUUGACCGUCUUUUUGUGUUACUGGAAAGUUGUCCCAAUGCGUCUUUACGAACUGCAGCUGCAGAGCAACUUGGAGAGAUCGCAAAAAGUAGUCCAUCAAGCAUUGAUUAUGUCUUCACCUGUCUUAUCCCUCUGCUUCGACAUAAAAACUGGGCUUCUCGUAUUGCUGCAUCAGAAGCUAUUCGUCACAUUGUUCGUCACUUGCCUGACUGGGAACCAACUUUGAAUUGUCAAAGCUACAUAGAUCAAAAGGACGUUUCAACUAAUGGCUUCCUCAGCCUAAGUGGACUCCGGAUUGACUAUGUUCUAGCUCAGGGUGCUCGACUUUACAGUAUGGAUGCACGAGAAUUGGACAAAAAUAACAGUCGGGGUUAUUUUGAACGGUGUAAAAAGAAUAAUGAAAAUGCAAUGGAAUGUGAUACAUUUGAUCCACAAACAGAUAUUCAGUCUCAAAUCUUACCGACAG